AUGGAGGACGGCAACCGCGUGCAGGAGACGACUGGCUCGAUGUCGUCGGAGCCACACAACAAACGCUCGACUUUGUACACCAUUUAUUCGAAUUCUUGGUUCCAGAUUCUGUUGAUUAGUUUUAUUUGUUUUUGUUGUCCUGGGAUGUACAAUGCCCUCUCAGGACUAGGAGGAUCUGGACAAGUCAACCAGGCUGUUGCUGCAAAUGCCCAGGUGGCUUUGCUUUCUGCGACUGCUGGUACAGCGCUGUUUGUCGUUGGUCCAAUCUUCAACCGCGUCGGCCCUCGCGUCUGUCUUCUCAUCGGCGGCUGGACUUAUCCCUUGUAUUCCGGCAGUCUGCUCUGCUUCAACUCUACUAAUAAUGGCUCCUUCGUCAUCGCCGCCGGUGCAAUCCUCGGUAUCGGCGCAUCCUUCCUUUGGGUUGCGCAAGGAGCCAUCAUGACGACCUACGUCCCUGAAUCCCAAAAGGGUCGCGCUAUCGCAGUUUUCUGGAUCAUCUUCAACCUUGGCGGCGGCGUCGGUUCACUCGCUAGUUUCGGUCUCAACUAUAACUCCACCAGCGGCACUGUUUCCAACGGAACAUACAUCGCCCUACUCAUCUUGAUGGCAAUCGGCUGGCGACCCCCGAAAGAAGAGAAGAACUGGAAACAGACCCUGCUCGUUUCAGUGCGUGCGAUCGCAGACUGGCGCGUGUUGUGCAUGUUACCCCUGUUCUUCUCUGCAAAUGUCUUCUACUCUUACCAGCAGAAUGUCGUCAACGGAAUGACCUUCAACAUUCGAUCCCGUUCGCUGAAUGGCGCCCUCUACUGGAUUGCGCAGAUGCUGGGCGGUCUGAUCAUCGGUCUCAUCCUUGAUCUUCCUGGUUUCAGCCGUCCUACGCGUGCGCGUAUUGCUUGGGUCUUCCUCUUCGUGACUGGUAUGGCAACUUGGGGUGGUGGCCUGGCUUUCCAGAAGUGGUUCGAUGAGCGUACAGCGCGGGGUCUGAAACAGGAUAUCGAUUAUACCGAUGGGUCUACCUCGGUCGGUCCGAUUUUCUUGUAUAUCUUCUACGGCACGUACGAUGCCUUCUGGCAAUCCUUCUGCUACUGGUUGAUGGGUGCUCGGUCUAACUCUCCGGCUGUUACUGCUGUUCUGGUGGGCGCUUAUAAGACUUUCCAGAGUGCCGGUGGUGCCAUGGCGUGGCGCAUCAAUGCUAUGGGUAAGCCAGCUAUGACGCAGUUUGCCUUGGAUUGGGGUCUAUGUAUGGGGUCGCUGGUUAUUGCCAUCCCCACUGUACUUGCAGUGACUUUGACCAGUGAGUCAGAUGAUGAUAUCAAUGCGCAGCGCAUGUCAAGCGAUGAUGAGAAGCCCCAGGCCCAAUUGAAAGAAUAA